ACAUUUGUAAAAUGCGGCAACAGGCUAAUUAGCAGCAGACAUAUUAGCUAAAUGGCCGUAGUUCUCUAUGAUAGCUUAUUUGGAUAGGCCUACUAGCCGAUCUAAAUUAGAGAUCAGUUGUUAGAACACCUUUUCAAAAAUACGGACUUAAAGCUCCUUACAAAAAGGUUAAUUGCCUACCUAGGGAAAAAAGUUACGGACAACGUCUCUAGACUCAGUGGCGCGUCACGGUGACAAUAGCGAACUGUAUGCUGCACCAAUGAUACAGGCUUUUUGUGUUUCAGGGCUUUUCGUGAUGUAUAGGUGGCGGGUGGUUUCACGGGCCCAUCUCAGCAUCCUCUGCUAUGCUGCCUGUCUCUGCUUGCUCGGGCUGCCCUCUGCAUCCUCAGUCUCCCUCCAUGUGUCGGGUGCAGACGGCCCCCUGGUGGUGGAGAAAGGGUCGGACGCCUUGCUGCCGUGUUUCCUGAGCCCGCCCCUCGACGCCUCUCACCUGUCAAUUACCUGGCAUCGCCUCCCGAUUGGCUCUUCCAACGUGUCAAUCACCAGGUCCCGCCCUCUGCUAGGCUCCUCUGACCACUGGUUGGUCUACGCCCGCACCGGCGGCGAGGAGACGAUCCACCCAGCCCAUAGCUACAACGGUCGAGUUGCUGUGAGUCCGCGCCACCUCCGCACCGGAAACCUUUCCCUCCUCAUCCAGCAGGUGGCGCCUGGUGACAGCGGAACAUACCAGUGCACCGUGCGUAAUGCUAGCCGCACGCAACACAUGCGCGUGGAGCUCCAAGUCAGAGCCAUCGGCUCGGACCCGGUGAUCCUGUCGGAGCGUUGUCGCCGCGGCAACAGGCUGUACCUGCGCUGCAUCUCGUCCGGCUGGUUCCCGCAGCCUGCCGUCGAUUGGCUGGACGAGGAAGGGCGGAGCCUGUCCACCAAACCCGUUCGCGUGGAACUGGAAUCGGGCGGCACGUUCCGUGUGGAACGAGGCCUCCUGGUGGAGAAACGGGGGAAAGACAGCAGCAGUAGCAAUAGCAGCAGCCUUUGCCAAGUCCGACAGAUGGGGGUGGUGAAGGAAACAUAUAUAAACCGAAAUGACACAGAUUGGGAGGACCAGUCCGAGUCGUUUAUGGAGAAGUACAUGGAUAAGAUUAUGCCUGUGGUCAUCGCGGUCAGUGUAGUGUCUUCAAUUUUCAUCUGGUAUAGGAGGUGGAAAGGAAUCCGAGCUCAAGGUGGGAAUUGGCGUAUGUUAUUUGAACCAAGGAGAAACCAGGCUGGUGUCAACAGAUAUGCCCCGCCUCAAGCAAUGAACCCUCCUCCACCAGCCAUGAACCAAACUGGCUAUGGGACUCCCCCUCCACCAGGAGACUUGAACCCGACUGGCUACAUCCAGACGCCACCUCCACCAGCAGGCUGGAACCCAACUGGGCACAGUGGGAGUCCCCCUCCACCCGGCUGGAACCAGAAUGGUUACAACGGCAGUUCCCCUGCAUCAGGAGGCUGGACCCAGACUGUCUACAACUAGACGACGAGCACAGUUGCAUAAUUGUUUUAUGUGAAAUUAAGAUGUUGUCACAUUUUGCUUUAUUUGUUGUUGGCAAAUAAACUUGUGCAUAGUGUAAA